AUGUCCUCCUUGGAAAAAGCUAAAGACGCCGAAGUGUCUGUCCAAGACCCAGACUUCAAGUCCUCUACCUCUCUUACUAGCGAUGGGUUUUCCCAAGGCCAGGACGAAGGAAGAGCUCCUACCGACGAAGAAAUGAAGACUUUGAGACAUGUUUCUGGAAAGAUUCCUCUUCGUUGUUGGUUGGUUGCAAUUGUCGAGUUGGCUGAACGUUUCGCCUACUACGGUUUGAGUGCUCCUUUCCAAAACUACAUGCAAAACUCGCCUGAAGACUCGCCAAAGGGUGUGUUGAACUUGAAGAACCAGGGUGCCACUGCCUUGUCUUACUUCUUCCAGUUCUGGUGCUACCUUACUCCAAUCUUCGGAGGAUGGCUCGCAGACACCUACUGGGGUAAGUUCAAAACCAUCUUCGUUUUCUGCUGUAUCUACAUUGUUGGUAUUUUCGUGUUGUUCAUUUCCUCCAUCCCAUCCAUCGCUAGCAAGACUGGUUCCUUGAUCGGGUACAUCAUCGCCAUUGUUAUCAUCGGUUUGGCUACUGGUGGUGUCAAGUCCAACGUUUCUCCAUUGAUUGCUGACCAAGUUCCUAAGACCAAGCCUGUGAUCAAGGUGUUGGCCAGCGGAGAAAGAGUCAUUGUUGACCCUAACGUCACCAUCCAAAACGUGUUCAUGUUCUUCUACCUCAUGAUCAACGUUGGUUCAUUGUCUGUCAUCGCUACCACUCAGUUGGAGCACCACGUUGGUUUCUGGGCUGCUUACCUUCUUCCUUUCUGUUUCUUCUUUAUUGCCAUCAUUGCAUUGGUUUUGGGUAGAAACCAAUACGUCAAGAUGCCAGUUAGUGACAAGAUCGUCAACAAGACCUUCCAGUGUGUCAUCAUGGCUGCAAAGAACAACUUCAACUUGGACGCUGCUAGACCAUCCUUAAACCCAGACAAGCAAUUCAACUGGGACGACCACUUUGUUGACCAAGUUAAGAGAGCUCUCUACGGUUGUAAGGUUUUUGCUUUCUACCCUAUCUACUGGGUUGUCUACGGUCAAAUGGUGAACAACUUUGUUUCCCAAGCUGGUCAAAUGGAAUUGCACGGAUUGCCAAACGAUAUCUUGCAAGCUAUUAACUCUCUUGCUAUCAUUAUCUUCAUUCCUAUCUGUGAAAGAAUCGUCUACCCAUUCAUCAGAAAGUUCACUCCUUUCAAGGCUAUCACCAAGAUCUUCUUCGGUUUCAUGUUUGCAUCCAGUGCCAUGGUUUACGCUGCUGUUCUUCAACAUUACAUCUACUCUGCUGGCCCUUGUUUUGACCAUCCAAAGGCUUGUGCUCCAGAAUUCAGAACCGUUCCAAACCAUAUCCACGUUGCCAUUCAAGCCCCAGCUUACUUCUUGAUUGCCAUGUCUGAAAUCUUGGCCUCUGUUACUGGUUUGGAAUACGCUUACACCAAGGCUCCAGUCAGCAUGAAGUCUUUCAUCACAUCUCUCUUCUUGGCUACCAACGCUGUUGGCUCUGCCCUUGGUAUUGCAUUAUCCUCCACCUCUGUUGAUCCAAAGUUGGUCUGGACCUUCACUGGUUUGGCUGUUGCUUGUUUCAUUGCUGGUUGUUGCUUCUGGUUAUGUUUCAACCACUACAACGCCAAGGAAGACGAGUUGAACCAGUUGGAAUACAAGAACGAAGAGGGCGAGGUCACUUUAGAGCCAAUUACUUCUAUGAAGUCCAUCAAGAGUCUUGCUUAA